GCGGCGCCGCAUGAAGUCGAACAAGUCUACUGUCUGUUUAAAUUUACACAAUAAGCGUCGUGACGUCACCUCGUCGUUGCCGUGACUACAUACGGAAGUUACCGCAUGCACCUGUUACGCUUUCCAAAAGGAUAAGGAGCAAAUCAAUACAUUUUUCUCUGUACAAAGAAACUCCGUGACAACUCUUUUCAUCUUAAGAUAUCUUUUUACGUUGUAUUGCUAAAAACUCGUCAGUUUGGACAUUAAUGGACAAAUUAAAGAAAGUUUUGAGCGGCCAAGAUGGCAAUGACGAUGUCAACGUACUCCAGGCAGCAAAUGAAGCGUCAACACUGGGGUGGGGUACGCGCGUCAAAGGAUUCGUCGGGUGCUUUGUUGCGGGUGUCUUGUGUUCAGUGUUGGGGACGUGCUUGCUUUGGGUUCCCAGAAACGGGUUGACACUUUUUGCAGUGUUUUAUAGUUUAGGUAAUAUCGCUUCACUUUUAAGUACAAUGUUCUUAAUGGGUCCAUUAAAGCAAAUCAAGAGGAUGUGCGACAAGACAAGAGCUCUGGCAACUGCCAUUAUGAUUACAUGCUUGAUAUUGACCUUCUGUGCUGCAUUCUGGUGGAAGAACAAAGGUCUUGCUCUGCUGUUCUGUGUCCUACAAUUUUUGGCCUUUGCAUGGUAUAGCUUGUCUUACAUUCCGUUUGCAAGGGAUGCAAUUAUUAAGUUGUUCUCGGCGUGCUUCAAUUGAGAUGUGCUUGGCUUCUGUGGUAUCCCUGCGUGGCGCUACGGCACCAACACGCCGCUGCCUUCAAUGCCACUCACGUCCAAACGCUACAGUCUGGCACACAGUACAUGUGCUCUUCUACCUCUCCCUAAACACAGACACUCUUCAUCUGUGUGAACAAGUGCACACACAAACAAACACCUGUGCUUUAAUCGAAUAGAAAACUGAAGGAUGGGGAUGUAAAUUAGGUAAAUGGUGGAGGUUAGAUCUCUGCCAUGCAACAAAAGAGAUUCUGUUCAGCAAGAGGUUUUUUACUUUUAUUGCUAGAUGAUUUUGUUUCAUUGUCCCUUCCUUUCUGCGUUUGUCCAGAGAUUUCUUAAGGAUUAAGUAUUAGUAAUACUGUAACCACAUUUUUUCACUGUAAAAAAUUACAGUGUAACUUGCAGCUGGUUUCCAGUAACUUACUGUAGAUUUAAAUGUAUGUUAUUUAUUGGCAACAUUUUGUUCAAAGUAAAUU